GAUACCAAAAUCUGACAAAGACAUCACAAGAAAACUAAAGAUCAAUAUUCUUUAUGAGUAUAGGUACAAAAGUUGUCAAAAAAUACUAGCAAAACAAAUCCAGUAACAUAUAAAAAUGUAUUAUAUACACCAUGAUCAAUUGAUACUUAUCCCAGGAAAGCAGUUUGGUUUAAAAAUAAAAAAUCAGUGUAAUAAUAUACUAACAGAAUGAAAUGAAAACCACAUGAUCUUUUUAUUAGAAUUGGAAAAAUAAUUUGACAAAAUUCUACACCCAUUCUUGAUAAAAGCAUGCAGCAAACUAGAAAUGGAAGGGAACUUCCUCAAUCUGAUAAAGGGCAUCUAUGAAAAAGUCACAGUUAAUGUCAUACUUAAUAGAGAAAUACUGAAUACUUUUCCCUUAAGAUCAGGAGCAAGACAGGAUAUCUGUUCUCUCCACUUCUAUUUAACAUUGUCCUGUAGGUCCAAAUAUGGGCAUUUCGUCAAGAAAAAAAUAAAAGGCAUCCGGAGUGGAAAAAAGUAAAAUUUUCUCUAUUUGCCCAUUGCAUUAUCUUCUAUACUGAAAAUCGAAGAAUACAUGUAAAAAGUAUUAGAACAAAUAAACGAAUACAAGUUUGCAUGAUACACAAUCCAAUAUGCAAAAAUCAGUUCUAUUCCUAGAUACUAUCAGUGAAGAAUCUAAAAAUAAAAUCAAUAAAGCAAUUCCCUUUACAAUAGCAUCAAAAUGCUUAGGAAUACUUAGGAUUCUUAGUAUUCUUAGGAAUACUUAGGAAUAAAUACUUAGGAAUCCUAAAUAUUCCUAAAUACUUAGGAAUAAGUUUAACAACAGAAAUACAGGACCUGUGCACUGAAAAUUUCAAAACAUUGUUUAAUGAAAUUAAAGAUAUUAACAUAAAUGGGAAGACAUAAUAUUAAAAUGGCAAUACAGAGUCAAGAUGGAGACUGCUAUUUGCUCCGCUGCCGCGGUGGGGAACGGAAACAUGGGGUCCCACAGGGACCGGAGCCUGGUGCCGGAGCGGCUUCAGAGACGAGAACAAUAGAGGCAAUUGGAGAUGGAAAGGCGGAAGCAAAAGCGGCAGAACCAGGAGGUGGAGGAGAAGAGCGACUUUUUCGCCGCCGCCUUUGCUCGGGAGCGAGCAGCCAUGGAAGAGCUUCUGGAGAGCGGGGAGUCCGUCGAGCGGCUGGAGGAGGCGGCCACCCGGCUCCAGGGUCUGCAGAAACUUCUCAACGACUCGGUUUUAUUCCUGGCCUCCUAAGACCUGCGGCAGAGAAAAGACGUGCUGGCGCAGCUACAGGCGGCCCUGGUCGACCGGCACCAGCAACUACAGCCCAAGAAGCGUUUCGCUUUCAAGACCCGAAGGAAAGAUGCUGCUUCGGCCACCAAAGUAGACUGUGCGGCUCCUGGCGCCCUGGCGGCGGAAGACAUCCUGGUCUCCCCGCCGCCCUUGAAGAAGGAGGGAGGCUUUGGCUCCAGCUGUGUCUGCGGUUUCUCCAACCUCAAGUCCCAAGUCUUGGAGAAAAGAGCGGAGGAGCUGCACCAGCGAGACAUUCUUUUGACCGAACUGAGCAACUGCAAGAUCAAAUUGUAUGGCAAUCCGAGCACCCAGCGGCUGACCAAGGCCUGCAGCUGCACGGUGCUCUGCGGUCCAGUGUCCACCUCUGUGUUCCUGGAGGACUGCAGUGAGUGCGUGCUGGCCGCGGCCUGCCAACAGCUCCGCGUACACACCACGAGAGACACCCGCAUCUUCCUGCAGGUGACCAGCAGGGCCAUCGUGGAGGACUGCAGCGGGAUCCAGUUCGCCCCUUACACCUGGAGCUACCCGGGUAUCGACAAAGACUUGGAGGGCUCUGGUUUAGAUAACAGCAAAAAUAAUUGGAACGACGUUGACGAUUUCAACUGGCUUGCCCGGGGUGUGGCCUCCCCAAACUGGAGUAUUCUUCCUGAAGAAGAGCGAAUGAUUCAGUGGGACUAAGUAGUUAUUACUCUUUCUUUGACUCCAACUAAUGGGACCCCAAAGUGUGUUUAUUGUUGUCACACUGUAUGUUUUCAGCAUUUAUGACUUGAAAUUGUGAUAGGCUCCUGUUUGUGAUUUCCAUUAAAAUUCAUGACAGGUCUAAUACUUUAAAA